GUGUGUGUGUGUGUGUGAGGGGGUGUGUGUUUUUCCCUCUCUGAGCAGAUGACUGCCGCUCACCUUGCCACGGGGUCUGCAUGAGAUUGGUUCAUUGUCAAGGAGCUUUUUUUUUUUUUUUACCCAUGAUUCCAUAUGGUAUGGAGCGGGCUACAUGUUGCCCAACAUGCCAGUGCAAAUGUUUUCUCAAUAGGUGUCUUAGUCUCCAGUGAGCGCGUUCGCAUCAGAUGAAGCUUGCUGACAGCGUAAUGGCAGGGAAAACCUCGGAAGGCUCCAUCAAAUGGCAGCUCUGCUACGACAUCUCAGCCAGGACCUGGUGGAUGGAUGAAUUCCAUCCUUUCAUCGAAGCCCUGCUGCCCCACGUCCGGGCCUUCGCCUACACAUGGUUCAACCUGCAGGCCCGCAAGAGGAAGUACUUCAAGAAGCACGAGAAGCGCAUGUCCAAGGAGGAGGAGCGCGCCGUGAAGGACGAGCUGCUCGGCGAGAAGCCCGAGGUCAAACAGAAGUGGGCGUCGCGCCUCCUGGCCAAACUGCGCAAGGACAUCCGGCCCGAGUUCAGGGAGGACUUUGUGCUGACGGUGACGGGGAAGAAGCCGCCGUGCUGCGUGCUGUCCAACCCCGACCAGAAGGGCAAGAUGAGGAGGAUCGACUGCCUGCGCCAGGCGGACAAAGUGUGGAGGCUGGACCUGGUCAUGGUGAUUUUAUUCAAAGGGAUUCCCCUCGAAAGUACUGACGGGGAGAGGCUGGUAAAGUCUCCUCAGUGUUCGAACCCCACCCUGUGUGUGCAGCCGCAUCACAUUGGAGUUUCAGUCAAGGAGCUUGAUCUCUACCUGGCCUACUUCGUGCACGCAGAAACCGGCCAAUCAGAAAGCCCCAACCAGGCCAGCGAAUCAGAUAUCAAGGAGCAGCCAGAGAACGGUCAUCUGGGCUUUCAGGACAGCUUUGUGACGCCCGGCGUCUUCACGGUGGCCGAACUUGUACGAGUCUCUCAGACACCUAUCGCAGCCGGUACCGGUCCUAAUUUCUCAUUGGCCGACCUGGACAGCUCCUCUUACUACAGCAUGAGUCCAGGAGCCAUGAGGAGACCACUACCUAGCACCUCCUCCUCCAGCUCUGCAAAGAGGAUAAAGUGCAUGGAGGAGGACGUGGACAGUCCAGGCGAGGAGUCCUACUACCCCAGUCAGGGUCGAUCUCCGGGCAGCGGCAGCCAGGCCAGCAGCUGGCACGACGUGGAGCCAGCUGGAUAUAAGCUGCGUGGCUCUCUAGCUAGCUCAUUCAUCUCCCGACAAGCAAGCCCCCAUGCUCCCCCCUCCAGCCUCCACUUCUCCUCCUCCCCCAUCCUGCAGCAGCCCGGCUCCUACUUCUCCCACCCGGCCAUCAGGUAUCACCCGCAGGAGACGCUCAAGGAGUUCGUCCAGCUGGUCUGUCCUGACUCCGCCCAGCAGUCCGGACAAGUGGGCUUCCUCAAUCCUAAUGGUAGCUCCCAGGGAAAGGUCCAUAAUCCUUUCCUGCCGACGCCCAUGCUGCCUCCACCUCCACCUCCCCCGAUGGCCCGUCCCGUCCCGCUGCCCGUCGACGCCAAGCCGCCCUCCACCUCCUCCGAGGGCGGAGGACACUCACCCACCUCGCCCACCUACUCCACCCCCACUUCAUCUCCAGCCCAACGGUUCGUCAGCGUCGGACCCCGAGACCCCGGCUUUAACAUCCCUCAGCAACCACAGUGGUACCUGGGAUAAGGACUCCAGAGGCCCCUCCCCCCUCCACCCACCUGUACGACAGAUCGCUGCCGCCUCCUCCUCAACCUUUGACCUUUGAUGCCAGCUGCGACAGAGAGUCCUUUCUUGCCCCGCCCCUACAAGCCUCCUCCUCCUCCUCCUCCCCCCCCUGCGCCUGACUCCGCCCCCACCAGCGCCAUACACAGACUCAGCAGCAUCAGCAUGGCCACAGCGGAUCAAACGCACCCCAUCCCCGGUGUUAAACACCCACUCUGUAGACUGUACAUCAUACACUUCUCUGUAGACGUACGGUUCAUAUGUCAAUGUCCAUUUAUAGUGCCAGACCCUGCCCUCCCACCCCCAAGCCAGACCAGGGUGAGAAAUUUGUGGGGGGGACUGAGCCUUCAACCUUCGGGAACGCCGUAAAGCUGAAUCCCAGCGCUUCCCCUCUGGAGAAAGUACACACCAACCCUACCAUCAUCCUCCGCAGAGUGUGCAUCCAGUGGACUUACAACGGUACAAUGCCCUCCACCCACCAUCCGACCCCCCCAUCCUGGUGGAUCCUGAUGGCUUGGGGCUGGUUUGGUUGGUGGGACAGGACGGGCUGUGCCGUGGUUGGGGGAGAGGGGAGGUGUUACCUGGCUCAGAUACCACCAGCUAAUACCCCCCACCCCCCUGCCUGAGCCCUCACACACCUCCUGGGAUGGACUCCACCCCCACUUGACCCCAGCCCCUGGUUAGUGGCAUGUCAGGGAGGGAGGACGUCGACAAGGCUCUUUCCAAGGACAUGGACCGGUGCUUAAUGGAAAGAGCUGACCUGAUGGGGAGGUGGUGCGGGCACAAACAGACGCCCUGCCUGUUUCACAGUAAUAACAUGAACUACACAUGGAAGGGUGGGGGGAGUUCAGGUGAAGGUGGGGUUGUAAUCGUGGGGGAAGCGGGGGUUUGUUGAUGUGAAGUGUUGCGACCAGACGCUGGUGGUUUCCAAGCUUGUUUAUCUGGAAGGCUUUUGGCUUCAUGGCUCAUUGAUAUUUCUCUCUUAGCCGUCAUUUCAGCUGGUCCCCUCCUCUUCCUCCUCUAUCCAUCCACCAGUCUGGGUGAAGCUACAGCAUGCUAAGGGUGGGCAGAAAGCUCUGGUGUCCGAUACGCAGCCGGCAGACAGGAGAGAGAUGAGUGACUAAACCUUAACCAGUGGAAUAUUGAUCAUGAGGAAAGUGCAAUUUUGUUGGCUAGCUGUUGGAUAGUUAAAUAUCUUUGUAAGAUAGCUCGUUGAAAACAGUUGUUGAAAAGUAUAUAUAAACUAUAUUUUUCUUCCUAGUCCGCUCACACCUCUGGGACUCUAAAAUAUUGGGGUACAAAAGACAACAACACAGCAUUGAACUAGAAACCAUAGCCUUGUGAGAAAUAAGGGGAGCUGUAUUCACAUUUAUUGUUUCUUAUCUGUUGUUUGUUCAUCUUGUAAAGCUGUUAGCAUGGUAGAACAAGAAUCCCUUUAAAGAAAUAUCAUUUUAAACAAUCACUUUUUUAAAGCAUUUCUUGCAGCUUAAGUCUGCUUUUCAUUUUGUUUAAAAGAAAAAACGCUAAGCGAUUAACUUAUUUUAAUGAGCACAUCGUUUUACUUUUUAAAAAAAAAAGCUAUUUGAAUUUCUCAUGAGGCGAAAUCAGGAGAAAAUAUAAACGAGUGAAUUUAAGCUGAAACGUAAUCAUGUUCUCUCCGGUUUCUGCGAGAUAAUCUUUAACGGGUGUUGCCCGGUGAAGGGCUGCCCAAUGAUUGGCUGGGUCUCCUAGAGGUCCCGUCCAAUCAAAAGCACUUAUUCCUGCAGUUGGCCAAUGGGCCGUGAGUGUGUAAUCAGGGGGUGUGGUUUUAGCGAUAAAGAGGCAGAGCAGAGGGUAACUCUCUGGAAGCUUUCGUCCACAAAUAGACAGCCAAGAGCUUCACAUGCAACUUACCAUUUUAUUGAACUUCAGUUUUGUUUUUCCUUUCCUAUACUAUAUAUAUAAAUAUAUAUACACACACGUGCACACACACACUCUUACGACCAUCCAGCGUCGAACAAAAGUGAAUUUAAGUGAAAAAAAGUUACAAAAAAGUAAAAAAAAAAAUCUGCAUGUUCUAGUGUUAGUGACAAAUUUUUCCAUAGAUGAUGUAGUUAGUGAGAUAAAGACACUAUAUUGUAAACCCAACAUCAGGCACUUGCCAGCAGCCGUCUAUUAGUUUGGCCCCGUCGAGGCCUUUUCUAUCGCUCUCCUUCACAAACAACCAGCUCUCUUCGCUUCUCGGCAUCUCUCCAUUCUUUUUAUUUCUACUUCCUUCCCUUCCUCCUUCCUUACUUUGUCCUUCAGCAACAGAUCAGUUCUGCUUUUCAGUUCCAAGACUUUUCAUCCGUAUGUUAUCAAAUUGCACGAAAACAAUUGUUCCUCAUCGAUGUGCCUUGAGCCAUGGUCCAGUCCUGAGAGGUUGCACAAGAUCCAAUGUGGAGAGUCUCGUUUUAUUGUUUCUUCCUUUUUUUCUUUUAAUGUCUUAAUUCACCCUCCACACCUGAGGUUUUGUAGGUAACUGAAGCAGUUAACGUCAAAGCGUUAAAGCUGAAGAGGAACGCUGUGAUUACCAGACGUACUGGCUGGUAAUCUCUCAGUUUGAGGUCUCAGGCCUUCGCUGCACUGCUUUCUGUUGCCCCCUACCUGCAGCGCUGAGCCGAGACCUCACAGGUUCAAAUCUACACCAGCUACAAUCAGGUCAAUCAUCUCCGGGUAUCUGCUAACAGACAGCAACACGUGGACAUUUUGUGAAAUGAGCACGAGGUUAUGUAAUGUAGAUGAUAUUCGUCUGCUAUGAAAAUCUCAUGUAAAAACAACAUGAGGUUAACAUGACAUUUUCAGCUGUUAGCUAAUGGUCCGAUGUAGCAGCUAAAAAUGUUUCAUUCAGGUUUACUAAUAGUUAGCUGAAAAACACUGUACAAUGUUAGCUAAUGGUCUAGCAGCUAAAACUGGUUUCAGCUGAAGUAAGAUUCAAAAUAGAUAUACUUCUAAUACUCCCUAGUCCCUAACAGUUAGGUUUAGCAGCUCAAAAAGUUUGGUUCCAGUUAGAUAACGGUUCAGUUUAGCAGCGAUAACUGAUUUAUUCAAGUUCGCUAACAGUUUAGUGGCUAGACACUUUGUGUCAGGUUAGCUUACUGUUGAGUUUAGCAGCUUAAUAGUUUGGUUUAUUACUUGGUACCUCCACAGUUACCACAGUUCAAUUUAGCAAAUGCGAAGUUUGUUGUUUGCAAACUAUUGAACUUUCAUUUAAAUUAUAAAUGUGUAGUGAUGACAUAAAAAUUGAUUGAUAUGAAAACAUAUUUUGUCACUUUUCCAGUUGUUGGCAGUUGAAGACAUCGUACUCAUUUCACUAAAUGUUGUGAUGCCAGUAUCUUGGUCGACCAGACGGAGCUUAGCCUAUAGCUCCUCACUAGCUGGUAGAUUAGUUCGGUAACCAUGUUUACCCCCACCCAUCCCGUCAUCCUGUCCUUUGUCUGAUGGGGUGACUUUUUUUUUUUCUUUACUUCUGUUGCUUCAAUCUCCAAACAGCAAACCCUUUAAUUUUCAAGUCUUCCUUUUUUAAUUUUUGGUUGGUUGGUUCUUCUACUUUUUGUUCCCAGAAAUGAAUAAUGAGGACAUAAAAUAUGCAAUACCUGCUUGCACUCACUUAAACUUAUUUUAUCUUACAUUGUUUAUUUGGUUUGGUUUUUCUUUCUCUUUACUUUCAACCAAGUUAGCGUGCACGCGACUGGCAUCGUGCUCCAUGGUCGGUCCCUAAAAAUUGUGAAGCCAGCCCCGCAGCAACGCUCCAGCCAAGCUGAGCCACCAUCGCUCGGGGAAUUCUACUUCCUUCCUUCUUUCCUUUCUGUUUUGAUAAUCUACCAGACGGCCGCCAAUAUUACAUUUGGGUCUCUCUUUCCUAAAGUUUUUUUUUAUUAUUUCUUUGGUCACAAGCAAGCCUUAAACAAGUCAACUUCUUCUCCAUCGUGCAGAAAACAGUUUAUCGAAAACAUUUUUGAUGACGUCCAACAUUUUAACCACGCCCCGCCCUGCUUGGCAGAGGUUUUAGUGAAUAAAUUGUUUACCUGUUCUGUGUUCAGUCCGUCUAUCAAAUUUAACGGACAGCGACGUGACGCCAUCAGCUGUGAUGGUUUAGUAGUUCCACUUGUGUGGGUUGUGUUUCCUCUUAGUGUGACAUGUUUAUUUUGUCUCUGUUCUUGCCUACCCUUUAGCCAUGAGUUGGGCAUUACUUCCUUAAUUAUCUGCACUAAAUAUGAAAUAAAUGACAAUAGUGAAAAAGUAUUACAUAAAAAAAUACAGCUUCCAGGGCUUAAAAAGAGCGAAGGGAAUAAAAAAAAUUGCACGGACAUUUUUUUAAGUGUCACAAAAACCUUGUGAAACAGCCUAGCAUCUAAUCAGCGACUUUUGGCUGUGUUGUGUGUAAGAUAACGACAAAAUUGCACCCUUUUUAAAGAAAGAAAAAUGAAAAAGAAUAUAAAAGCAAUAGUUUGGGCAGUGUGUUUUUUUGUUCUUGUGUUGUGAGUGUAAUUUAGUUCUGGUACAGCAGCGAAGAGACGCAGAGAAGAGUUAGCUCUUAACGGACGGGAGGGCAGGGCAGCAGGGCCACUCGGCCUGACUGGGAGACGUGUUUGUAUGUUGUAUAGUUUAUUAAUUACACUGAUUUUAAAGCUGCCCUAUUUUAUAAUGCAGGACUUUUGUAACAUUGAUAAAAUGAGGAAAAACUAGUGUUGUGAAUUUUCUGAUUGUUUGUAUCGAGGCCACAUUACUAGAACUGGUUUGGUUUGUUUUCUGGGAACUGGAUUAAGUUGAAAACUUUCCUGUUUCCUUAUUUCUUUAUUUUUCUUUAUUUGCUUUCCUUUUUGUAUGUAUUUAAGAACAUUUCCUCUGUUGAUGAUAUAGCAUAUUCCUGUACUUAAAAAGUAUAGGGCGCUGUGGUGAUAAGACCAUUGUAAAUGGAUGUUACAGUAUGCUGUAUGUUUUGAAGGUUAUUUGUUGCAUCAGUGUUGAUGAAGCUACAUCUAGGUAAUUCUGAGGAAAAUUGGUAAGAAGAAAAGCAAGCGUUUUUUAUGCAUUUUAAAAAUUUAGUUUUAGGCAGGAGACAAUGACAUAGCCAGCCAAAGGAUGCCCCUACUAUAAAUGCAUCUAGGCAUCUUUUUUUGUGUUCACCAUUCCAUGCAGGAAAAUAAACAGCUUGAUUAUGCAACAUGAUUCUUUUUCUUUUCCAUCUGUUUCUUUCUUCACUGGCCCAUAAGAUCAUCUCCUCCUCCUCCUCCUUUUCCUCCUCUUCUUCCUCCUCCUCCAGCCCUCCCUGAGCCUGGAGGUCCACUCUGAUCUCCGUCCAUCCACACAUCCGCUGCUGCUCAUCACUGCAUCACAUUCAUGCAGCAGAUUAUCAGCCAAGGAAUGGCAAGUCACCAGGAUGAAGGACACUUCCAGUGUGAUCAGAGUUUCUGCUCAUUUCCUACAUCCGUUUUAUAGGUUUUAUCACAAUAAGACAUAUUGACUUUUACCUCCACCUGUGAAUACGGGAGGACCAAUUAAAUCUCUAAACUGGCCACAGAGUAGCAACAUCUAGGCGUCCAUCAAGGUCUACACUGGAUGUGUUCUUCCACACAACUAGAGCUGCAACCAACAAUCAUUUUCAUUAUCGGUUAAUCUUCCGAUUAUUUUCUUGAUUAAUCAUUCGAUCAUUUGGUCUGUAGAACGUCGGCAAAUAGCACAAAAUGCCCAUCAAGAACUCCCAGAUGUUGACAUAUUAAAACAUCCAAAGAUGUUCAAUCUUCAAUCAAAGAAAAAAAAUCAUAAAAUAAUCACAUUUGUGAAGCUGGAACCAGUGACUUUUUGCUUUAAAAAAUCACUCAAAAUUGUUCUGUAGAACGACAUAUUGAUUAAUCAACUCUUUUUUUCACACAACCCAAUACACAAUCAAUGUAGUUGCAUUUACAAUUAUGAAUGUGCAGCUCCAGAAAUGUGAGGCGGUAAGGAAAGCUGUUUUGAUUAAAGAGAAGGGUGUUAUGUGUAGGCAGGUUGAAAAUAGAAAAGAAAAAUCAGCAUAAGGGAAACAGCGAACCAAAUGUCUGUGACCUAUCCUCGUGCACAUUACUAAAAAAUGACGAUGCCAGUACCAAUACCAGUACCCUUAAAGUGAUACCGAUACCAAUAGAGUACUUCAUUUAAUAUCCAUUAUGUGAAGCUGUUCGUUCCCUCCACUCCCCAGCUCAAAGAUGCUCCACUCAAAUCGCUCUCGGCUCGCGCUAAAAAAACAAGCUGCGUUGUAUUUUAAUUAGAGCUGUAAGCUACCGAAUGCGAAAAAAAACUCAAACAAAAUUCUAAAUCCUUAAUAAAAUCAACAUUCUUUAAUGAAUAUAACUCGUCAGUUUUGUUUGAUUGCUGCUAGACUGCCCCGUUAUUACAUGUUGUGUGCGGCGCGUGGGACAGCAAACAGUCUUUUGAACGCAGUGAAAAUGUUUUUGAAAGGCUAAACGCCAACGUACAGUAUGGAUUGAAGCAGAAUAUUUCCUUAGAUAGAACCAUGUUGUGAAAUUUGAAAUUAUUACAUUUACCUUUUUUCAAUAAUUGUUGACUUUUGGACUUUACAACGCUUUGGAUUUAUUGGAAAUGUUUGGUUCAAGUCUGAGAAAAGCUGGUGUGCGCAAUACACAGAUACAUUCUGGGUCAGGCUCGCCCAGGCAUGCUUCGAACUCAUGGUUUGAGCGGUAUCAUUGCAAAAUUGGAGCGGGAUAUAAGGCAACGCUCCAACUUUAAAAGAAAUCCGCUCUGCACUCCAUCCAAAAUCCUUCCACUCAUGCUCCCCGCUUGCUGGCACUCCACUCUGCUCACAUGCUCUGACAAAUAGUCAUUUUUUUCUAUAUCUGGGCACAAAGAGGAUCAAUUGCUGGUAUUGUUUGACUGAAGAAGUUUCGAUACUACUUGGUACUGGCCGGGUUAUUUCGGUCAAUACCUUAAAGGUAUCAAGUAGCAAUACCCAGCCCUACAUGUUACCCAUAGAAAUAUGUUCCAGCCUUUAAACAAGGGCUAAUGAACAUGACUGAGACACGUCCAGUGUAGACAAACUUUUAUAAACUGUCUCCAUCCUUACAAACUCAUGUUGUUUCUCCAAACUUUUUUCAAACCCACACGAUUCUAGUGGCAAAUCCAAAGAUAUCAAAUCCUGUACUGCAUUUUGGGGAGUGUUUAUAAAAUAAUCCAUAAGGAAUCUAAAAUGUUGCCAUUUGAUGAAAUGGUGAAGCCAUAAAAAGCAUCUUGGAUUUGAAUAUUUGGAACAAGCAGAAACAGGCAAAGGCAUUUUUUAAGGAAGGGGACAUUUAUAGUCGAAGAGGUUAAAGCUGAAGAUUUAUUGUACUUGUUUUGUUUGAUUUGGUUUCGUGACUGAAAUUUGGAGAUGAGUAGAGUUUCAAGUGCAUGUGCAAACACUCCAAAUUUAAAUAGUGGAAGAAAAUGAGCAACUCAAAUCCCACUGGAAGGAAGGCUGUCAGGAGUUCCAGCUCACUGGGUGGUGGUGGUGUGGUGGCGGUGGAGGCUGAGGAGGGGCUGAAUGUGAAGCUAACUACACCAUGCUCACCUCCUCCACAAAACUAACAGCAGGCACACGAAUCAGAGCCGAGGCAGAGAGAGAGCGGCGAGCCCAUAAGGCCCGACAACCAGCUGAACCAACAAGCACCGUAAUGCUAACUCACACCAGCAGGGACGUUUUCUGACAGAAACUCUCUCAAACAAAUCUGACAAACCCCUCAGAGCGUCUAACCGCCCGAUGAAUCCUGCAGCUUCCUCCGUUCACCCCGAUUCUAGAAACUCUAAAGCUUGUCCAACUAGCAGUAUGAGCGAGAGCUGGAGUCAAAGGCUGACUUAAAAACUCCAGAAGAGAAGCACUUGCAUUCCCCCCCUCCGGAUAUCCCCCUCCCUCCUCCUGCUUCACCCCCUCCCCACCAACAGUUGAUUUUUGGAUUUUGCCUUUGAGGAAUUCUGCCGCUCCAUCAGGAAACAGGGUUGAAUGAAGGCUGAGCUUUUUAUGCUAACGCCUUUGUUGUCUUCACGUUUGUCCAAAUUCUCCCGGGCAGAGAUAAACCCCCCUCACCUCCACCCCAGAAACAAAUCCAUCAGGACCGGACCGCUGUGCGAGUCUGCGGUUUGGAUGGGUCGGGAAGUAAUCGAAUUUGAACGGCUUGAACGUGAAGAGGGGCAGAAUUCUUCAGGCUUUAGACCAGGGUAUUUUUAAUCCACCCAAGUACUUUCAAUCACUUUAGAGACCUGAGUAUGUAUUCACAUUCACUUAUAGCAACGCUAAACGUACAGCUCGUAGAACAAUCGUUCAAGGAACAGGGAGAGCUUCAGUGACACCUGAAAUCCGCCUCCGGCAGCUUUUAUUCGCCCUAAACUGAAAGCUGUUGUUGUCUUCGGCUCGAGAACGGAGCAGAAGGAAGACAUCCUUCAGCGCGACGGGCCGGGGAAAUGAGUAUAAAUGGCAUCACUUUAGAGAGAUGAAGGAAAGUCAUUGGACGAGGAGGCAGGUAACACUGAAGCUGCUCUCCAGUGCUCAACUGUAAUGAAUUACAGUGUCACUGCUCCUUUGCAAAGAUAUUUAUUUAUCCUUUUGCAAAACCAUUACAUGGUGCUAAGUGUUAAAUCAAGCCAGUGAAGGGGAGGUAAGCUGGAAAAUGUGACAAUUUGAAUUUACUAUCAUCAUGCUUCCUGACGGCGUAUCAAAGCAUAGCAGUCUAAUCUGCAUGAGAACUAUGCACUGACUUAAUAAACAACCAUCCACGCGUGCACGCGGCCCACGUGCGUGCGCCUGCCCACGUGGACUCUGGUAUCUAACUUUGUGAAAUAUGUCAGCCUCUGCCUUCUUUUAUGAUCAGUCCUUCCGUUUCCAGAUCCCAGCUUCUACGGACCGAACGAAAAAUCUGAAAAAGAAAUGAAAAAUAAAAACAAACCAGCAUAUUACAUGAUAUAUUGAAAAAGAUCAAAUGUAGUGCCUGUGAAAACCUGUAUUAUAAUGCUCUUCUGAAUACUGAAUACAAUAAUUGUUUGUAAUUGUUGAAAUUUCUGACCACCAGUAGCCUUUGCUGUCUGUCAGGCCCCUCUGAUUAUAGCUAAUGUACAAUAAUCAUAAGAUAUAAACUGCAUGCUCUUCCAUAAUCGCCUAGUAAACUGUUACGAUGACAAAUGAGAAAAAAAAAAAAUUACUAAAACCAGAUGGUUAUGUUACUGUUUUGGUUCCUCUCUCUUCUUUUCCUUCCCUCUCCCUAUAUGCCUCAAACCUUUUUCUGCCCACCUCCUUCAUCUCUUCAUCCUCACACAUGGGACUCUUUCAUCCCGACAUGAAACCACCAACCAACACAUCCACGGUUUUCUACUGUGUCGGUUUAUUGUCAUUGAUCUGAUGGGUGUGCCACCAUGAUGACUGCCCCGGGGCGAUCAGCGGACUGUCGCAGCCUCGCGGGGUUUUAAUCUGACAAUCUCCAGCUAACUUUUAACAUCAGCAAACACCCGGCUGGUUCUGGCCUCCACCCUCCCCUCCCCUUGCGUCCAUUGACCAGCAGGCUGAGAAAUCUCUGCGUGGCUCUGGGUGAGUCCUCCUCCUCCUUCUCCCCAGGCAGUUUUCCUGCAGGAGACCGAAUCGAUGGCCUCUGCCUUUUUCUGCAGCGCUCAGCACUAUCCAGGACAGAAUCCCCCUCCUUCCUCAUUGAGCCUCCGCUGCGUCUCCCUCGGCAGGACUUCAAACGAGCCGCUGCUCCUCCAGGAUGAGAAAGGUCUAGAAAGAGAAAGAGGUAGCCAGCACCUGGGAGACUCCCCCUCCUCUCUCUCCCCCCCUUUACUCUCCCAGUCCCAGGCCAGCUGGGGUCGAUUGGCUUGUCUAGCUCACCUCCAGUGGCUCCCUCUCUGUUUUCGACUCACAGCCUGUCGAUGCGGCUCGGCUCUUUGAAACUAAACAGUUUCUUCGACUUGUGCAUCUCUUUUAGGUGGAAAACUUUGGGUUGACAAACUUUGUUGAUGACCAGACUGUUUUCUUAAAGGCAAUGCCACUGAUUUAGCGAGCCGUCGACUUUACAUUACUGCUAAAGAUUUUCCAGAGAGUGCUGUAGUGUUUUACAUUUCCAAAUCUUUCUUGUAGGGCAGGGUGUUGUAUCAAAAGUUGUCUGUACUGGUUCUGAUACAACAUCUAAGUUUCUUCACACCCCUUCAACUUAAGCCAAGUUCACACUACACAACUUUCAAAGUCGUCAGAUCGUUGUACCGUUCACACUACACAACUUGCUGUCUUGUAAUUUUGAGUCUUUAAGUCGUUGUGGUUUUCACACUACAUGACUGACCGGCGAUCCAAUGCCGACUUGCCUCUGAUCUGGGGCUUUCGUCGGUUGCUUCAAAAACUAUCGAGGAGCGGAAAAAACGGGGCUAAAGUCGUGUAGUGUGAACUAGGCAUUAGUGGUGUUUCCUCAAAGUCCUCAAAUGUUAAAUGCUCUCUAUACUAAAGCCCAACUGAAAAAUUGUGCAGGCCAAUAUAUCGGCCAGUAUUAGCUUGUUGCUGGUAUAUCGGUAUGUCAGCCAAUAACUAAAAGACUACAGACGUGGAAGUGAUUUCAUUUCAUAAUGAUUGAAAAUUAUUUGACUGAAUUAAAAGUAUAAAACACGACAGCAUGCUUUUUAAAAUGUCUGUAGUAGACAAACUAAAACAUGCAAAAACAUUGGCAUGGUCCUUUACAAUAAGUGGAAUAGAAUAGAACCCUUAGCAUCCAGAUGUAGACAUUUCCGUCACUGUGCUCAAAUUAUCAACUAAAACUAACCAAGGAUUCGUUUUUUUUACUGACGGCCCAGAACUGCCCACAUUCACUCGUUUUCCAACCUGUUGAUGUUUCCAAACAUUCAAUCGAUCACCAAUACAGAUAAUCGAUCAGCUCGAUUAGCGUUUCUCGUUGCCUUUCGUCCAGCCCUCUGGAGGCGAUGCUAACUGUAGCUAACCCAGGACAAUCUCGAGGAAGGAGAGCUUUAUCUUUAUCUCUACCCCGAGGGGGUGCCGGGCGGAUCGCGUUCCCGCUGCAGUCUGAGUCACACAUUCACGUCAUCACUCCGUCCUCACGUAUCCCAAAUCACCACAGAAACCAGACGACAUCCAUCAUCCUGAUCACAACCGGUUCGGUUCCUUCAUCACCACCUGACCAUCGCCCUCGCCUCCUCACCUCCAUCCUCACCCAGAACUGAACUUAAACCUUGUGCCUCUACAACUCUUUAUGGAACAGGGCGGUGUUUUCUGCCACCGCCGCCGUUGCACCGGUCCACGAUCUGGUGUUACACUUUUGUUCAAUGUUAACUAGUUUCCAUUAGUUGUGUCCGGUGCCAUUGUUGUCCAUCCUCUGUGUUCUGAAGCUGUGAGUUUGCACUGACUUCUCUGACUGUCAGUUCUUCUGUCGUCACUUUGUUGUUCUAUUCUUCUUUGUUUUUUCUGUUCCUCCCUUUCCGACUGUUGUUUCUGUUGAACUGGUGAAGUGUUGGCCCAUCUCUCUCGGCCCCAUUAGUGACUCCAUGUCCACGCAGACUCAAUUUACUGGAAGCAAGAUGUGCAUUUCCUAUGCAACAACGACAAAAAAUAAAGAUGCUAAUGCUA